AUGAGACCUGAGGAUAAUGAGCCACCCUAUAUUGCUCGUGUCUUAAGCCGGAUUCAUAAUCAGAUCAGAAUAGCAUACUACUACAGGCCCAAGGACACGGUUCACAAGAGGAGACUGUUUUUUGGGAAAAAGGAGUUGUUUGAGAGUAAUAACCUGGAUGUUCAAAGUGCUGAAACCGUUAUAGGAAAGUGCAUUGUGCACUCGUUCGAUGACUACACCAAGCUUGAUCCUGUCCAUGAUGAGGAUUACUUCUCUCCUUUUAAGUAUGACUAUACCAAUAAAACAUACACUCCUCAUCCUGUUCAAUUGUACUGCAAAUGCGAGCUUCCUUAUAAUCCAGAUGAAUGGAUGCUACAUUGUGAUAAGUGCAAAGACCGAUCAAAAACUUUAGGGGCAUGCAGGUACCAUCCCGCUUGUGUGAAGAUGACAACUGUCCAAGCAGAGAAGCUAAAGAACUAUUUGUGUGAUGAUUGUGUUCCUGAAUAA